AGACAGGAGAUGAACAGCGCCAUGAGCGUCUUCACACUGGGCCCGGUGAGCAAAAAUAGUGCAUGUCGUAGAGUCUGAAUGCUUACGAUCCGAUAUCGUCGUCGUUGUGCGAUAAUGGGGCUGUAAUCGGAGUAAUUAUUCCAGACAGCACACAGCCAAUCCCGGAAGGUAGACACACGAGGCGUUGAAAGAACGACAUUCGGAGCGCUAGUUCAGCCUCGCCAACAUGGAUACUCGAGAGGAGUGUAAGCACAUCAUACAUUCCAAGGUUUUCAUUCCUCCCACGCCUUCACUCCCUCCAUCCAAUCACUUCACGUGGACACGGAGGACAUACGAUGAUGAUGACGACGGAAAUCCUCCCAUCCCAUCAUCUUCUUCUGCUACAGCUGAUGAUGAUCCUCCAGCCGCACCAAGCUGGGGCGUGGUGUCGCGCGAGCGCACGCGGCGUAUCUGUCUCCCACACGCACAACAUCGUCCUUCGGCGCCGAACCUUGCAGCUGGGCAGCGGCGCCAGCUUCGGUGUGCAGGGCCUGGAAAUAGAUGGGAUGGCGUGGAUGGUCCCGCCAGCUGCACGGCGGAUCCAUUGGGCUCCAAGCAAGCGUCGGUCUUGCACCCGAGCGACAUGGCCAGUUUCCGACGCCGCCGCCGAUGUUCUCCGGAGCGAUGGACGUGCGCAGACACGAUGAUGACCGACAUGAUUUCGCAACUGGUUCGAUUUUUAGUCCUUACUUUUGUUUCAGCUAUUAUAGUCCAGAUAAGAGAUAGUUUGUGCGUGGGAGUGAAGGAAGCGAGAAAAUCUUUUUGGCCCUCGUGGCACAGUCGCGGUGGUUGUGGAGUCGGUGGUUUGACGGUUGUCGUCACGGAAAUCUGCAUUGUCGUUAUCGCCCACGAAUACGUGAGAGUGCCCCGCUCCUGCCCGCUGUCUGGGGUGUGUGUGUGUGUCUGUUUGACUAUCGGUCGGUCGGUCGGUCUGCCUGUCCUCGGGCGUUGUCCAGCAUUCAUUACAGUAUCAUCGUGGAAGGAGGCGAGAAACCGGGUGUCCUCGUCUGGGAUCGUCUCCUCAUCUCGCUCCAUUCUCGGGAUGUUCAUCUACUUCGCUGUCGGUACCGGUCGGUCGGUCGUUCGGUCAGCGUGGCAGCCGAUGAGAGGUCGAAUCGACCGCAGUGCGCAGUCAUCAUCAGCCCUGCAGUCCGCGUCGUUGGGUGCUCCAACAUUGCCCAGGUGGCAGAGAGAGAGACGCCUCCUGCAGAUUUUCAUUUCCGAUCAGGCUGCUGUACAGGAGAUCCGACGCCAAUUGCGCAGCAGCAGUCACAGACGGGAAGAAAAGAAAAGAGAGAGCGGUCCACACGGCGGGUCCUUGACCUACAGUAUCCACACCAACUGUCCCCAAUCACUGUAAUCUCUCUCCAAAACGUGCUGCAAGCCGAGUGCAGCAGCCAGCUGCAGGGUUGAACCAAGCGAGCAAUCAAGCCAGCAAUCAACCUCGCACCCAUCAUUACUUUCACGGCUCGCUCUCUUUGCCCGGGCGUGCCAGGCUUAUUACCUAGCAGGCCUAGGAAAAGAUUGGAGGUGGUGGUAGUGGUGGUGCACCGCCUGCCCGCAGACACAGCAGAACACAUACAGUCGACACUGCAGAGAGAGAGAGAGGGAGGGAGGGAGCGUGUGUGUGUGUGUGUGUUCCUCAUUCAGCAUCAUCGUCAUUCCGG